AUGGCACUUCGACAAUACUCAUAUAACUCUAAUGGAAUGCAAUUUGACCACUCAAAGGAGGAGAGAAUCCAAGAAAACAUUAAAAGACAUCCGCUGUUCCAACAAGACACGACUGAAGUUCAAAACGAAGAUACAAACCCUAUCGAUUUGACACAACCGACUUUGGUUGAAAUAGUCGAGUCCAAAGAAAUUGAAUCUCAAGAAGGCGAUAAAAAGGACACCACACAAUAUAUACCUAAUGUCUUAACACCAAUUCCUAAACGAUUUGUAGAAAAUGCCGACGAUGACCAAGAAGUGAAGAGAGUCGAGACGCCUUACUCGGCUAUAUCAAAACAACAAAAAACAAAAGCCCCCCAAAGCCCUUCAAAAGUCCAAGACCACAAAAAGAACUUAACUCUCGUUGAACGGUUUUGUGCAGAAAAGCCACACAAACAAUCGCCACAACCCGACCGUCCCGUUUCGACAACGAAAUUUGGAAAUCUGGAGACAAUCGUUAACAAUGAAAACAAAGACAUCUACGAAAAUGGAGUUGCAAUCUAUUUGGCUUGCGACGAGGUAGUCACUUACACGUUAUUCAUUGGUGGAUUACCUCCGAAAUUUGAUGUUGCAGCGCUCAAGAAAUUGUUUGCCAAUUACGACGCGUCCAAUUUCAGAGUAGUGACAGACCCGGAGACAAAAGAUUGCAAAGGGUUUGGUUUUGUCGAGCUGUAUACGAAAGACGCAACAAAUAUGGCAAUCGACGAGUUGAAUGGCACUAAAGUCGAGAACCGAAAACUUCAAGUUAAACUCUCUGACCCACAAUCAAAGAAAAAGGUUGUGUGUUUCUUGUGUGGAGAGAGUCACUUGUUCAAAGACUGUCCACAUAAGACUGAGGAAAUGUACAAAGACAAACUUAAUGACUUGAGGCGUGAAAAAAAGAAGGAAUACACUCAAAACCAUACCGAGAAUCAUCACACAGAAUCAAAAAGAGUCAUUCCAAUACGAUACGAAAAACAAGAUAAAUACAUCAAGAAAGACAAUGACCAAAAUUACUACGGCAAAAGAUAUGAAAGGGAUUCGAGAGAUUAUAGAAGUGGAUAUGACCACAAUCGUAGUUGGAGAAAGGAUGAACAUUGA